AUGGAUGAGGUGUUGCUCAGCAUCUUACAGCGGAGUGCAUGCGACCGGGAAGUCAUUGUGGACUUGCACCACGACGAUAAAUCGUUUGUUCCGCUAGUGAAGAAAAACAUCGCUUACAUUGUUGCUGGAGCAAUAUUCAACGAGAAUGAUGAGAUUCUGCUCAUGCAAGAAGCCAAACAAUCCUGUUACGGUAAAUGGUACAUUCCUGCCGGCCGGAUGGAGGCCAACGAAACUAUCGAAGAUGCGGUGAGAAGAGAAGUUUUGGAAGAGACGGGCAUCAUGUGCUCUCCUUCCAGUCUAUCAUACGUCGAAGUCUCAAAUAAGUGGUACAGAUUUAGCAUGAUCUGCGAUUUGGCUGGAGGAAAUUUGAAAAAAACGGCAGAUAAGGAAUCAUUGCAGGCAGACUGGUUUUCCGUUAGUUCCGUGUUAAGGAAGGAAGUUGAUUUAAGACAUACAGACAUUUUGAGAAUGAUCGAGUUAGCGUACAAGCAGCAUAAAAAUGCAGAUUUCAUAGCGAUGCGACCUAUCAACAUUCCACACAGUCGCGUCAUCAUGCGGUUGUUUUUGGUGCACCACAACGAACAGAGCCGAAAGUAUAACUUCUUGAUGGGUAAAAAACCAGAAAACCAUUUACCGUCAUUUGAAAUGCUCUCCUGCAGAGAAAACUACUACAAACUUUUAAAAAAAAUAUUCGGAACCGGCAAAACGAGCGUAAAGGUGAGGACAGUCUUAACUGUCGAACAUAACGGCAAACCGCGGCACAGAAACGAUGGCCUGGUCAUCACCGUUCUCGCUGUGGUCACUCCGAAGGAGAUCUACAAUGUACGUGCAAGCGAAUUUGAGUGGAUCCCAAUUGAAAAUAGUAACAUCGCCGAUAGCGUUUCUAAGUUCCUAAAUGGAGAUAGCGUUAUGUUGGAUUUUCUUUGA